AUGCGUAAAUCCACCACCCGUGCUCGCGUCCACGGGCGUCAAUCCAAAGUUCCCAUCUUCUCCGUGAGAGGCUCCAUCCCCGCGGGGCCAGACGCGCGGCUGGGAGUCGGGGGCUGCUGCGCGGUCGCUCUGGUAUCCUCCCACAAUUAUGACGGUCCAAAGGUCACGCCAGCAACAAGGUCGUCCAGCCUCAGCUUUCUCAGAGCCGACCCGCUGAGGAACACAACCCUCUCACACCCGACCCGCUGA